CAGUACUCUGCUAGCAUAAUAUCAUGCCAUUUGCGAUUUUUCAAGUCUGAGAAGAUCCUCCCGCCCGCUGCUUCUUCCUCACGAAACUUGAAAUUCUUCGUCAUUUUUCCUUUUUGUGAUAUUCUCUUCUCCAUCCGAAGCUCUGGAGCUAAAGAAGCAAACUUGAAUUUUGGUUGUAGCUGCUUGUUGGAAUGCAGUUAAAAAAGUGAAUAUAAAGCAUGAAAGAGGUUGACAGGAAGAAAGUUCUGAAAAAUAAUCAAAGGAAAUUUUCUGCAAAACCCGAGAAAAGAGAUCAGAAUUUUCAACAGAAGAGUGACAGAAAUGCUUUGAAACGAGAAGGAAAUAAAGUGAAAGCUUCAUCUGCUAAAGCUGACAGUGGUACAUUAGUGGGUGACCCAAACACAGGCACAGAGCCAUCUGAAGUUUAUCAAAAUAUGGUGAUAGAUUACGUGGAUGAUGUCCACAAGUCUGAAGCAGCAUCUCCUGUUGUAAAAACACUUGAAAUAGUUGAUAAAGAUACCAAUUCCAAAGUAAGUGAUCCUUCUCAUGAUGUGGGUAAUGAGCCUAAUGAAGACUCAGAGCAAGAAUCAGAUAGUGACACGACUAAUGAUUCAGUGUCAUCCCAAGGAGAUAUUGCGGCAGUUGAUGAUGAGAAGAUAGAAAGAGCUUCAAGGGUUUCUAAAACUCCAGUAAAAAAUGAUCUACCUGCUGGUAGUUCUCAGCCUGGAAGAGCAAAAUCUGAUCAGAGUUCGGAUAAUACGCGACCCAAAGCAUCAAAAAGUACUAUCAAUGAGCCCAUAACAUCCAACAAAGAGUUUUCUAAAGGGACAGGGAAAAACAUAUCUGAUGACUUGAAGACUAUCAAAGUGCAUCCAAAACCUUCAGCAGAAUUUUCAGGAGUCGUUGACAAACCACUUGAAGAGGCAAAGGAUGUUGAUAUACAGGAUGAGACUUCAGUUAGUGCUAACAGUGUUGGAAGUGAUGAUGAACCAGUAAAAACUGAGGAAAAUGGUGAGAAUGAAGACAAGACAGCUUCAGAUCAAAAGAUUCAGGACAUGGAAACAAGAAUUGAGAAACUUGAAGAAGAGCUUAGGGAGGUAGCUGCUUUAGAAGUUGCACUUUAUUCUGUGGUUCCUGAGCAUGGUAGCUCUGCGCAUAAGGUGCAUACGCCUGCUAGACGCUUGUGUAGGCUCUAUAUUCACGCCUGCAAACACUGGUCUCCAGCCAAGCGAGCUACUGUUUCUAGAAAUACUGUUUCUGGACUAGUUUUGAUUGCAAAGUCUUGUGGCCAUGAUGUCUCAAGGCUGACAUUCUGGCUGUCAAACACGGUUGUAUUGAGAGAAAUUAUCUCUCAGACAUUUGGAAGUGCAUGUCAAUCAAGUCCUGUUGCAAAAGCAUUUGAGUCAAAUGGAGGAAAGAUUGGUGAAGCAAAGUUCUCGUUGCUUAAAUGGAAGAGUAAUUCAGGCAGCAAACUACCAAACAAGCAGAGUUUCAUGCAGCUGAUGGAUGAUUGGCAAGAAACAAGGACAUUUACUGCUGCCUUAGAGAAAGUUGAGUCGUGGAUGUUCUCCCGAAUAGUUGAGUCAAUAUGGUGGCAGACCUUAACUCCGAAUAUGCAAUCUCCCAAUGAUGACCACACAAAGAACAAAGUUCUUGGUAGAAUAUUGGGCCCUCCUUUGGGUGAUCAGCAGCAAGGCAGUUUUUCCAUUAACUUAUGGAAAAAUGCUUUCCAGGAUGCUUUUGGGAGACUUUGUCCUGUUCGAGCAGGAGGCCAUGAAUGUGGGUGCUUGCCUGUGUUGGCGAGGAAGGUCAUGGAACAAUGUCUUGCCAGACUAGAUGUGGCCAUGUUCAACGCUAUUCUUAGGGAGUCAGAACAUGAAAUCCCAACUGAUCCAGUAUCGGAUCCCAUAGUUGACUGCAGGGUUUUGCCUAUUCCUGCUGGAGACUUAAGUUUUGGCUCUGGUGCACAGCUCAAAAAUUCUAUUGGCAAUUGGACAAGAUGGCUAACUGAUUUGUUUGGCAUGGGUGCUGGUGAUUCGAUCAAAGAUGAUCAGAACAUUUGUGAGGAUGAUGGUCAGGGAGGUGCAGAUGAACCCAAGUGUUUCUAUCUUCUUAGUGCUUUGAGUGAUCUUUUAAUGCUUCCAAAAGACAUGCUUAUGGAUCGAACAAUUCGAAUGGAGGUAUGCCCACAAAUCAGUCUUCCAUUGGUUAAACGGAUACUUUGCAAUUUUACCCCUGAUGAGUUCUGCCCUGAUUCUGUUCCAGGAGCUGUAUUAGAGGCUCUUAACGCUGAGUGCAUCAUAGAGAGGAGGUUUUCAGGAGACGCUGCUAGUACAUUUCCUUAUCCUGCGGCUUCUGUUGUCUAUACACCCCCAUCCUCCUCUGAUGUGGCAGAAAAAGUUGCCGAGGCCGGUAGUAAAUCACAGCUGUCGAGGAAUGCAUCUACCAUACAGAGUAAGGGGUAUACCAGUGAUGAGGACCUGGUGGAAUUGGAUUCUCCCCUGGCAAUUAUCGUUGACAAGUCUUCGUCUUCUCCAAAGCAUCUAAUUCCAAAUGGAAGUCAGAAAAACGAGCAGGAUACAAGUCAUGUUGGAGUGAAUGCAAGGUACGAACUGCUUCGCGAGGUUUGGCAAGCAACAUAGGGUGCAUGCUUGCUGGGAUUAUGGUUCCCCUCGGCUGCAAAAUUUAUUCUUUUUUCCUUUUACGGUCAAAAAGCGUUGUCUGUGUGAUCAAGAAAGCUUCAGCGGAAAGCAAUACUUAGCAGCUGAAUUGGCAGAUGUUUUGUAUAUUUUUCAUGCAGUUGAUAAUUGGCAGCAUCACACUGAGAUUGAAUUCAUGUUGUAAACGCUUCCGGAAGGACCUUGCGUCAGCUUUUUAGUGUAGAUUAAUAAAUUGGGAAUCUGAAACCAUUAUACAGUUGCAUUCUCACA